UCCGUCUUCUAUGGCGAUUCUUUUGGCGAUCUCGGAAACGAUCGGUCUUCUUCUUCUUCGAUCGGUCAUCUUCUUCUUUGAUCGAUCAUCUUCUUCUUCUCACUUUGCAAGGAUGAAAGCUCUCUUCGUCCUCUCGUUGCCCGUGUAGACAGAUCUUCACCGCACGGUCAUCUUCUUCUUCUCACCGUUCAGGCUUGAAACCGUUGGAUUCGAUCAUCUUCUUCUUCUCACCGUUGAAUCCGAAACCGUUGGAUUCGAUCAUGGAUUUGGAUAGAUCCAAAACCAAAUCUCCGGAGGAACUCACUUCGAUCGGUUGGGACGAGGGCAUAUUGGGAUCACUAUGAAAGCUUCUCAAUUUAUUAGUUGGAUCAACAAGCAGGCGAGUGGCGUCACUUUGUUAUUCCAUUGUGGAGAGGAAAUGGUUACAUCACGAUGUCUGCUCAAGGAUGUGUGGUGUGCGUGGGUGAAAGCAGGGGCGUUUUCUUUUGCAUUGAUUACGGACCAGAGUCUCUCUCAGAAACGGGUGCAACAUCAACAAAGCAUUCAAGUCCGAACACAAUCUUCCAUUUCUCAGUUGGCAAGAGGUGAAACAGAGAAGACUUGUGACACAAGAAGCCAAGACAAAAGCUUGUAUCUCGUGACAUAAAGUUUUGAAGCAGAGAAGAAGCCAACACUCGUGACUUGCUUUCUUUAUUUUCUCUCAAGCCAUUGGCUUUCUUUAUAUUACAUUUCUCUCCGUGUGUGUCUUUAUAGCCAUUGGCUUUCUUUAUAUACAACACUCGUGACUGCCUGUUGAUGUUGCAAAUGAUCAACCUUUAUCUCCGUGUGUAACCAUUUGUCUUAAAGCAAAUACAAAUCAGUUCAAAACCAUUACCAUUUGUCUUAAAGCAAAUACAAAUCAGUUCAAAACCAUUACCGUUUUUCUCAAGCGCAAAUACAAUUUCUCUCAAGUACAAAACCAUUACCAUUUCUCUCUAGCUCAAAACCAUUUCUCUCAAGUUCAAAUACCAUUUCUCUCAUCCUCAAAACCAGUUCUCUCAAGUUCAAAUACCAUUUCUCUCAUCCUCAAAUACAUUUUCUCAAGUUCAAAUACCAUUUCUCUCAUCCUUAAAUACAUUUUCUCAAGUUCAAAUACCAUUUCUCUCAUCCUCAAAUACAUUUUCUCAAGCUCAAGCUAUAUGGCUUCUUCUUCUAAUAAUGAUAUUUCUAAUAAUGAUAUUGAAGAAAUGAUGGAUGGAAAAUUUGAUCAAUUUUUCGAUCAACAUUUCGAAAAUCUCCUCAUGCGUAAUGAAAAUCGCCAAGAAGCAUCAAGGUCAAAAAAGAAACGAGCUUACAUCGAAAGACAACGAGAACAGGGACACUUGCAGUUAUGGAACGAUUAUUUUAGUAAAGAUGCAACAUAUCCUUCUCACAUGUUUCGACGCCGGUUUCGAAUGAACAAGGGCUUGUUCAUGCAUAUUGUUGAUCGACUAUCCGCUGAAGUCCCAUACUUUCAACAAAGAAGAGAUGCUACUGGAAGGUUCGGUCACUCUCCGUUACAAAAGGCAACGGCAGCAAUUCGUAUGAUGGCAUAUGAAUGUCCAGCUAAUGCGGUCGACGAAUACCUUCGACUUGGUGAGACCACAGUGCUUUUAUGCUUGGGACAUUUUGUUCAAGGAAUCAUCUAUUUGUUUGGAGAUGAGUAUCUAAGAAGACCCACGCCAGAAGAUCUUCAACGACUGCUCGAUAUUGGAGAGAUACGCGGCUUUCCCAGGAUGAUAGGAAACAUUGAUUGUAUGCAUUGGGAGUAGAAGAAUUGUCCGACCGCAUGGAAAGGUCAAUAUACACGUGGAUCAGGAAAGCCAACAAUUGUUAUAGAGGCUGUAGCUUCACACGAUCUCUGGAUACAUUAAACGAUAUCAAUGUUCUUGAUCGAUCACCAGUUUUUGAUGAUAUAUUACAAGGUCGAGCUCCAAAAGUUAAUUACAUUGUCAAUGAACACAAGUACAAUUUGGCUUACUAUCUCACAGAUGGUAUUUAUCCAAAAUGUGCUACUUUUGUCCAAUCUAUUACACUUCCGCAAGGUCCGAAAGCUUCCUUAUUCGCUACACAUCAAGACACUGUACGUAAAGAUGUGGAGCGUGCUUUUGGGGUCUUGCAAGCUCGAUUUGCCAUAGUCAAAAACCCAGCUCUUUUGUGGGAUAAAAUAAAAAUUGGAAAGAUAAUGAGAGCAUGUAUCAUUCUACAUAAUAUGAUCGUAGAAGACGAACGAGGGUUCACUCAGUAUGAUGUAUCACUUUUCGCACAGCCGGAAUCAAACCGAACUUCAGAAGUGGAUUUCACAUUUUCUAUAGAUAUGCCUUCAAAUCUCGACAAUAUGAUGGCCAUUCGGAAUCAAAUUCGUGAUAAAACAAUACAUCAACAAUUGAAAGCUGAUUUAGUUGAGAAUAUAUGGCAAAAAUUUGGAACAAAUGGAGAUUUCAACUAAUCGUUUUUUUUUUCGUUUACUUUUUGUAUUUGUAUUUUUAAUAUCUUUUUUGUAAUUUUUAUUAAAAAUUUUAUGUAUGCUUUUAUUUUAAAUAAUUCUAAUUAAUUUUUUUUUAAGAACCCCAUAGGGGUUCUCCCA